GGUAUUCAGACUAAGAGUUUAAUUUGGUUUACAAUUAAAAGUUACAAAGUGUUUUGGAAAUUCAAUGUUACAAUAAGUUACAAGAAAGCAGAUUCCAACUAAACAUCAGGAAGAACUUUCUGAUAGUAAGAGCUGUUUGACAGAGGAAUGCACUUCUUCAAGGUGCAGAUAUGCAUGUUGGUCGUUUGGGAGUGGUCAAUGAAUUAUCCCAAUAGAAGCAUGCAUUCUGGCCUUAUAAUGCUUUCCAGUGCAACCUUAUUUAGAAAUAGGUUCCAUUAAAUGUACUGGGUCCUGCUCCCUAGGUAAGAGAAUGUGGGAUUUCAGACAUACAGCCCAGCUCUAUGCAUGUCUACUCGGAAUAAAUCCUGCUGUGGCCAAUGGGACUCACUCUUGUACGCGUAACUAUGAAUAUACUAUAAACUACAAUUCCCAUAAUGCCGGCUCGGCCGGCGGCUGCGCAGUUCUAGCCGCGAGAGCGGAAAUGCGCGCGUCCUCCGCAAGUCCCGCCUCUCCUCAUUGGACGCCAUUUUGUCACCGACUUUCACCCGCCACACGACGGUGCUUUUUUUUUCUUAAAGGAGAAGCUACAAUGUUUUUUUUUCCUUUUAAAUCCUUCCCGAACGUGAAGCUCCGAGAAACGCGGACGGCGUGAAGCUCAGGGAAACAGGUUUUCGGAAGGUACCGAAUCUCUUUUUCGUUUCGUUCGUCCAAACAAGAGGCUGUGGGAUACCAGACCGGCCCAAACUGCGGAGCGGACGGGGGGGGAGGGGGCGACAACGACAGGACUGAGGGCUUCGCGGGAACAGCGUUACUGCGCGGCACUGAGGGUUCCGUAGCUCGAGAGAGAGCGAGCGAGAGAAGCCUCCGCAACGAUGCCCCUUCCUCAGGGAAACGAAGGACAUUUGGCGCGCGCCACGCUGUUAAACGGCUCCGCUCUACGACGCGCGCGCCACGGUCAGGAUUCCGACAGCGCGCGCGCGCCCCCGACGAAGCUCGCCCGUUGAUUGGAGCGUCCUGAGCCAGCCGGCCUUGGCGACGCCGAUUGGUGGAGUCGGAAGAGCGGUGGGUGGGGUGUGUCCGGCACCUUCCCUUCUGACUGGCUGGCGCAGAGCGAGGGGGGAGACCUUGCGUCCGGCCUGAACUCCGAACUCGCUCUUGAUUGGCCUCGCUCGGCGCGGGAGGGCGGGGGCCCGCUGUACAGAGGCGGGGGGAGCGCUUGGCGCUGCUGUCACGAGCAGGAGGGGCAGCCGCUGCCGCCGCUUGGGCCGCCCUUUGAGCCGCCGCCGCCAGCUGCUCUGAUGCCGGGGGCGCCCGAGCAGGCGGAGACCCAGGAGGAAGAGCCGCAGCAGGAGCCACGAGAGAGCGAAGAGGCGAGCGCUCCGCCUCCCAGCGGCCGCCGGCGUCCCCCGCCCACUCCCGCAGCCGCUGCUGGACAGGGGGAGGAGUCCGGCGGCAGUCGGGUGCUCCGAGGAGGCCGAGACCGGGGACGGGCGGCCGCCGCCGCUGCUGCUGCCGCCGCCGCUGCCGCCUCACGCCGAAGGAAGGCCGAAUAUCCCCGCCGGCGCCGCAGUAGCCCUGGCGCCCGGCAGAACCAGGGGCCCGAGACGCCGUCGGUGCCCGGCUCCGAGGCUGAGCCGCAACCAACCGCCGCUCCGCCUGGCGCUGCCGGCAGGAAGGAGAGCCCGCGCGCCGCGUGAGUAUUGGCGCUGCUCGCUGGUGAAAGAGAAAGGGGUUGCUUCUCCCCCCCCCCCCCGCGCGCUUCCCUGCCGCAUCCCCACUUUGCCGCUAAUGGCAUUGAGAAAACGUACAUUCAGGAACUUUGAGCGCCUCUUUGCGUUAUGGCAACGACCCCAUGCGAGAAUGCUUCAUGCGCUGUGUAAUCCUGAGCAUGUUUACUCUGAAGUCAGCCCCACAGAGUUCAAGUCGGCUUUCUUCUAGGUAAAUAUUCCCAGAAUUAUUCCAGGCAGUGCUAGUCUGCACUGGGAAGCACACAUCAUCUGUGCGUGUUCAUGUUAAUUAGGGACGGUUACAUUACUAAUUGGGGAUUAAGACACACGCCCCUGACUGUUGUAGGGCCAGUUUCUAUACAGGGUCAGCUUAACUUCAUAGGAGAAGUGGCUAGUUAGUGGUAAUAAAUGCUUCCAGGGGUGGGGGCCCUGAAGUGGGGGUGGCGUUGUGUGGUCCUUGCUGAAGAAAUCUGGCUUACACUCAGUACUUUUAUAAGCAUUGUCCAGUUUCCCCCUCCCUCUUUUUUUGGUGGGGAAAAGUGUUGGGAGAAAGUAUAUGUUGCUUUCUGAGGACUUGGCCCUGAAAAUAAUGAAGAACUGUAAUAAAAUAAAUCAAAUAGCUUAGCACUUGAAUGAAGUGGUUGUGUGAGAGAACUGGAAAACCAAGACUGACAUUUAGGACAUUUCUCAACAUUUGUGGCAAAAAAUAAUAAUUUCCUGGAGUUUUUCCUAAACAUAUAGUAUUAGCACUUGUGAGCACAGCUAUGUACCUUUUCCUUAGUUACAAAAGGUUAUCUCCUCUCUAAGGAGCUCAAAGCAAUGUAUGUGAUGCUUUCUCUCCCAACCUUCUCCUCACAACAGUCCUAUGAAGUUGGCUAGACUAAAAGAUAGUGUUUGAGUGGAAUUUUGAACAUGUAUUUCCUAGUUCCUAGUGCAAUGCUUUAACCCCUACAAUCAUCCUUAAUGAUGAAACUUCCUGAGAAAGAACAUAUAUUUUGUUGAAGCAGAUAUAAUGCUUAGAAUAAAUCUUACUUUUCAUGCUGUUGUGUUAGUGGUUUCAGGAGAAAUUCACCAUGUAUUUCAUUUCGUUUCAGAUGCCUGGAUAAAACUGUGGUGAAAGGUAAGAUUUGAAUGUAUCACAUAUAAUACAAUUACUCUCCUCAAUUGUAUUUAGCCUGGCAGUCCAUUCCCAACUUGUAAACAUCUGGAUAUCCUUGAGGGGUUCACAUGAAUAGUAGAAAUUGUUUGUUACCAACUGUAGAAUCACGGAGAUGUAUUGCUUUGGUCCAUUGUUUUAUUUUUAGCUAUUAUGGGUAAUAACAGUUGGUUGAUAGAUUCUUUUCUGAACUUGACUAAACCUUUUUAAAAAUGAUCUUAAUUCUAAUGGUUAUCAAAACAUCUCAUGUAAAUGAAUUCCAUGAGUUGAUUUCACAUUGUCUGCACUACUUCAGUCUGUCCUAAACUACAGUACUGUCAAAUUCACAGGCUAGAAGAGUCCCAUCUGGAUGUGCUGUCUUGUCACUUUUUUGCAAUUAUAACUUAAAUUUUAAUGUGAUCGCUUCUUUUAUUGGUCAUAUGUACGUAUAUACAUUGGUCAUAUAUCUUGUCAAUGGAUGAUGGAUCAGGUGUGGCUAUGUCUGAUGCACCUUCAGUUAAAACUGAUACCGAUCAUUCAUUUGCCUGCUUUACACCUUUAAUUACUUCAAAACCCUUUUUAAUUUUUGCCAUCCAACAGUUUUACUGUCUUUCUAUCUGUAGCUGACAUGUUUAAAGAAAACGUCUCUAUUUAGAUAUCUUUAGUAUAUAUUUCCUCUUGGGUUUCCUGUUAAUAUAAUUAAUUAAAAUGUGGGAGACCUACUUCCAGGAUAGCUACAUUUCAUUAAUAAUCAAAUAGUACAUUAUUUAAUUAUUUGAAACUGGCAUGUCUGAAGCAGGGUAUGGUAACCGCAUCCUGUGUCUUCUAAUAUGAAUUGCAGGUCCUAUUUUCUCUUUUCUGCUAGCUAAGAUUAUGAGGGGUGAGAGGGGUUGAUCAGCCUUUUCUUGGACCUUGAAGGAGCUGUUUCUGCCAAAUAAAUGUCAUUAGACAUAGACAUAUAAACUCUAUUUCAACUUGUUGAGGACCCUCUGUCAAAGACUCAACUACUCUGUAGUAGUUUUUUCUUUCAGAAGGUUUUGGGUCCUUUGUAAAGACUCAUUUGCUGCUGUUUGUACCAGUGAGAAAUCCCUGUCCACUGAAUUAGCAGUCUUGUUUCUUCUUAAAAGCCCAAUCUUAUUUUUCUCCUUCUUUAAAUGUAAAAAAUUAAGAGUUUACUCAGAGAGCAAAAUAUUGCAGGGUAGGAAAAAUUGUUUCCUAUUGGAGAGCUUUGUGUGCAGGUGUCUUUCUCCUUACCGCUGCUGGAGCUUUCCUAUAGUCAGAUUUAAAUUGCCUUACGUUAGAUAAUCGCACAGCAAGUGUCCUGCAUGUCAGCAUUUAUUGAUUUAUUCUCUAAUUGUUCACACAGAUUCAUAGGUUAGGUUGUGGAAGGUAAGAAGUAUUGGGAUUGUUAGAGCAAACAUUUUUAGACAGUGUAUAGAGUUAUUGGUAGCUUCAGACAAGUGUUGAUAGUUAUCUUGGAAAAAUGUGUCCAUUUUUGGUCAACUAUUUUUAAGAAAUGCAUUUGAUCCGGAAUAGGUGCAAUGAACAGUAUCAAAAGCAAUCAUUGAAAGAAUGUAUAAGAAGAGGUUAUUUGUUUUGUGUAAAAGUGAUUGCACAGAACAGCCUAUUAUAAAGAGCAUUGCCUAUUUACUUAUUACAGUUUAUAUUCCUCUUUGAAACUAGAAGUUGCCAAAGUAGUGUACAACGUAGGUCAGUCCAUUAAAAAUCAAGCACAUUGACCACCUUUAGAGUAUAAAAAUUAUAUCUAUAUCUAAGAGAAAGUAAAACUGGUCUAACAUAUCAAAGGCCCAGGUGAACAGGUUCAUAUUUACUAUUGGUGCUGACUAAAUAUUGAAGGGAGACCAUUUCACAGGGUGGGUAGUAUCACAGCAAAAGCAAUAUUUAUAAACAAAGUUUACAUAAAUGUUGUGCAACUUCUCUUGAGCUAUUUACUCUAAGAGUGCCCUUCUCUAGCACUGCACCUCCCAGCUUGUGAUUCUUUGUGGUCUGGAGAAUGCAUUGCUUUUUGUUCCAUUCCAGCUAUAUGAUUCUAAAAGCAAAGGUGUUGUUGUUGUUUUUAUUCUUGAUUCAGAUAAACUGACCUGGUCUCUGAGUACAUCAUUUGAGGCCCUUCUCUGUGGGCCCUGGGAAGUCUGUAGGAUUGUAACAGGAGAGCAGGCCUUUUCACUUGGUGAUUUCCUGCUUGUGGAAUGCUCUCACCCAGGCAUAGGCAAACUCGGCCCUCCAGAUGUUUUGGGACUACAGCUCCCAUCAUCCCUGACCACUGGUCCUGUUAGCUAGGGAUGGUGGGAGUUGUAGUCCCAAAACAGCUGGAGGGCCAGGUUUGCCUAUGCCUGCUCUCACCCAAGAGUCUUGCCUGGUGCCAUCUAUAUUUUUAGGCACAGGGUAAAAACUUCCCUUUUUACCUGGGCUUUUUGCCCUUGGAAGCCUUUAAAAUACAUCUAUAUUUAAAAUAAGUGAGGCAAGAACUGUAAUACAGGCAACUCCUCAUUUGCGUGGCAGUUGCAUACCAGGUUAUUGCAUGUGUCAGUGGUUGGGCGUCAGCCCUCCCUGCUUAUUCCAGGGCCAAAAGUGGUGUGAUUGUUGGUGGUCUUACAUCAGUUGGACACAUGCAAAAUGGUCGCUGCUUGUAUCUUUUAUUUGUAAAAUUUAGGGGUUUUAAAGGUUUUUAUUGAUCAUGUUUAUUGUAAUUGGUUAUAUUAUUUCUGUUGUGUCUGUAAGUCCCUUUGCAUCAUUUCCAUGAGUAAAGCAACUAAUAAAUAAUAAUCACCAUCUGAUAUUUAUAUCACAGAUCCCAAAGAAGAGACAGAAGAGGAAGAAGUCUCAAAUAUUCUUGCUGCUGGAACCCCAGUCGGUAUAGCCAGGCCCAGUCGGGGCUGGCGUAGCAACAGGGCAGCAGCUGCUGUUCGUCAGUGUGAUACAGAUAAUUCACGGAGCUCUAGAUCCAAGACUGGGUCUUUGCAGCUCAUCUGCAAAUCAGAACCAAACACAGACCAGUUAGAAUUCGGUAUGUGCUGCUUUCAGUCCUUGAAAAAUGCAAAGCAGGACCAGUAAGGAGUGUGGCCUAGGGUAUGAUGUGAAGAGAGUCCUAAGCACCAGAUGGAGAGGCUUGGAAGACUGCAUUUGAAGUUCCCCAACCUUAUUGUAAAGCAUAAAAUUUAUAGGAUUUGAAAGCCACAAAUUAGUAUUGUGCCUUAAAGUUGACAGUUACUAAAAAUAGUUUUUGCCCAUGUAGUCAUGUGCAACACAGACCAGGUGCAAAUAUAGCUUAAUUGUUAAAAUGCAAGCUAUAAGCAUUUCACACAACACAUUUCAUUACUAUUGAUGCCUGCGUGGCUUGGGUUGUAAUUUUCUUACAUAUUAUGUACUGUCCUUUUUGUGCAAAAUUGGAAACAGUAUCUCCAUACGUAACCAUGAUACGGAUAUUUGACAUGUUGCAUCGUUUUGAUGUAGCACUACAGUGAUAUAUACAGUGGUACCUCAGGUUACAUACGCUUCAGGUUACAGACUCCACUAACCCAGAAAUAGUGCUUCAAGUUAAGAACUUUGCUUCAGGAUAAGAACAGAAAUCUGGCUCCGGCGGCGCGGCGGCAGCAGGAGGCCCCAUUAGCUAAAGUGGUGCUUCAGGUUAAGAACAGUUUCAGGUUAAGAACGGACCUCUGGAACGAAAUAAGUACUUAACCUGAGGUACCACUGUACAUAUAAGUUCUCAGAUGCUGAUGAUUACUGCCCAUACUUAUUAAGAUAAAAAUAUGCUUUUGUUUCUAACUUUUAGAGGUCACAGAAGAGCAUUCAUCUCCAGCUGGAAUCAGGUAAGUUUUGAUUGCCGUGUUCUUCCAUAAUUAGUGUAUUUAGAAUAUUGGUUUGUGCAUAAGAAACUGAUUCAAACAGGGUGCUGUCAGGCUAAAAUAUCGCUCAAAGACGCUUGGAUUAUACAAAUAUAACAGAUGUCUGGUGUCUUAAAUUAAUUCAGAGGCUGACUUGCUUAGAUGAUGACCUAAAGUUAGGGAAAGCUAAGCUAAUAUGUUACCUGAUAGAAAUAUUGCCAGUAGCCGGGGUUGGAGGUUUGAAGCACUGGGGAUUAACUGUCUACCAUAUAAAUAAAUGCUCAGCCAGUUUUAGAACUGAUGAGGGCUAAGUUUUUAACCAUUGAAAUUGAUAGGAAAAUAGAAGAUAUAUCUAAAGAGAUUCUUACAAAGAGAGAGAAUGAUUUAGAUAAUGUUAGUUCUACUUGCAUUCCCACUACCCUGCAAUAUGAUUCCUGUUAUUGGAUUAUUUGAACUAUUGCUGAUGCAGGCUCCUAGCAAGUGAACAGAUAGCUUGCUGUCUCUUUUGCAUGUUCCAGAAAAAGUGCCUUUUGUCUAGUGUGUACUCUGUGCAUAAUAUUGUAAGGCCCAGAAAAAGUGUAUGAAGUUUAUACUGUUCUCUUCUGUGUUCAGGAAUAUGUUGAUAUAAAAAUUCUGUUCAUUCUUUCACUUUCUUUUCACUGCAUCAACAGUGAUGAAGAAGAAAUGCUUAUCAGUGAAGAAGAGGUUCCUUUCAAAGAUGAUCCCAGAGAUGAAACCUAUAAACCACAUUUAGACAGGUGUGUUCCAUUUUCCAAGCAAAAAGGAAUUUUAUGUCAUUAAUCUGAUGGGCUAAUGGAAUAGCUGCCAGUUCAGACCCAUAGUUAGAAACACACACUUAAAUAUUAAGUUUCCACUUUUGUGAGCAACUGGACUCUGUAAAAAUUGGCAGAGACCAAGGCAUGUUUACUAAUUACAGGGAUAGCAAACAUGAAAACUUGGAAGUGCCUCAAAAUCCAUGUUGAAGAAUUGUCUAAAAGAUUCAGGUUGUUGCCAAACUGCAGCUGAAAGGUUUCCUGAAGUAGAGAAUAUGUGAUGUCUGUUUCUGCAGGGAAGCUCCAAAGCAGAAGAAAAAAACAGGGAAGGGAAAAGAAGAAAAAGAGAAACAGAAAGAGAUUAAAGUGGAGGUGGAAGUCAAAGAAGAAAGUGAGUUCCGAGAAGAUGAGGAACCACCUAGGAAGUGAGUAAAAUUCUGUGGCUUUGUGUACAAGCCAUGUAAUGUGAUCAAAAUUAAAGGCCACGUAUGUGCUUUGUACUGGAUCUGGAAUAUUUAUUUCUAUAUCACCCAUGCUAUGAAGUCUACAGUUGAGUGGUUGUGUAGAUUUUUAAAGCCAAGAAGAAUGUCUGGUUCAUUACUUUCUGCUAGUGUACCAACAUCGAAGUUAUCUGCUGACUUUGCAUGGCAUUACACUGAGCACAAAUAAGUUAUUGAGUUGAAUCUAACAAAGUCAUUGCAUAAGCAGAACAACUUUCAUUCACCCAAUGGAACUUCACUUCUCUCUCCUUCUUCUUCCUGCACCCUCACCCCAAAUAUUCUCUGGAGGGUUGAGGAGGAAAUCCAGAACAGAUUUAGGAUGGGGAGUGUUUCAUUGUACAAGCACAUUAGAUUCAUUUGUUUUUGAAGAACCAGUUUUUAACGUGUGAUAUUUUAAUUUAUUUUUGGUUUCUAUGGAAGCCGCCCAGAGUGGCUGGGGAGGCCCAGCCAGAUGGGCGGGGUAUAAAUAAAUUAUUAUUAUUAUUAUUAUUAUUAUUAUUAUUAUUAUGGCAUCUGAUCAUUUAUAGGAGAUUACCUGCACUCAUGGUUUUGGGUCUUUGUUUACUAGAUAAGAUGUAGAAACUUGCAGCAUUUCUCUUUUUGAGGGGAAAGGGGUACUAGAUCCUGCAGUUGUGUUGUGUACACAAAUUAAAUUUCAGAAUGUUAAGGUAUAUGAAAGCAUUGUGCUCUUCUAACAUCCAUGCUGUAUUGGUGGUACUGAGGGUAGGGGCAAAUGAUGGUCCUGGAGUUGGCUAAUUGUUUCCCUCCUAAAUAGAUGCUCUUGGCCAAAUUGAGGACUGCAUGCUAGGGCUUAGUGGGAAGGGAAAGACACCUCACUCUUCUCUUCGAGAACCUUUGUAGAGGUAAUGAUCAGGGAUUUCUCACCCUUCCCACGGGAGUGUUCAAAGAAACAGCAACAGUGGCUAGGAUAUUGCUUGCAUUUUCUGUAAAAGCCUAUCUAUAUUUAUUGUUAUAAGUCACUGAGUUUUUGUAAGUAAAUAAAAAACUAAUAAGUUUAAUAAAUAACAAUAAUCUUGUGAGAGAGAGACUACCUCUUCUUCCCUUCACAGAGGAGAAGGAGGGAGGGAUUAUAUCUCUUCCCUCUGCUUUUGAAGUAGAAGGCAGCAGUGUACUUUUCACAAAACCCCAUUGCAAAGAUUUUACUUUACUUUGCCUGCACACAUAUACCUCAAGACUAGAAGGGAGGAGUUGAUAAGACCUCAAGGAAUUGGUUUGAUUAGGAAGCCAAGCGAAAAUUUUAGGUCUCUGGAGAGAUCCCUUAAUGAAAAGAAGUUCCUAUUAGAAAAAACAUGUUGCAAUACUAGAAUUUAUAUCUUCUGAAAGUUGUACAUUGGGACGCAGGUGACACUGUGGUCUAAACCACUGAGCCUCUUGGGCCUGCCCAUUGGAAGGUUGGCAGUUCAAAUCUGCAUUGUGGGGUGAGCUCCCGUUGCUCUGUCCCAGCUUCUGCAAACCUAGCAGUUUGAAAGCAUAGCACUGCAAAUAGAUAAAUAGGUACUGCUGCUGUAGGAAGGUAAAAGGCGUUUGUGCUCUGGCACUCAUCACAGUCCUCCGUGCACCAGUAGCGGUUUAGUUAUGCUGGCCACAUGAUCCCAGAAAGCUGUGGGUGAACACCGGCUCCCCUGGCCUGAAAAGCAAGAUGAGUGCCCCACCUCAGUCGCCUUUGACUGGACUUAACUGUCCAGGGGUCCUUUACCUUUACCUUACAUCUGCUUGCUUGGGGGUUGGUUGUGUUAGAAUGAAUUCUGUGCCAGCCGGAUAACAGAAAUAUAUGUAAAUAAGUUACAUUUUAUUGCGAAUAAGCUACUUGUUCUGUUCUGUACUUGUUUUAUUUUAGUGGUAGAUUUUUGUCAUUAAUCAACUUGCCAUCUGAAGAAUAGUUCCCUUUGCAUGUACAUCAGUAAAUGUGUUUUCUUUUUCUCUUUGUUUUCGCUUUUGUCCUUGUGGUCUUGUUCUAGAAGAGGAAGGAGGAGAAAAGAUGACAAGAGUCCACGACUUCCCAAAAGGAGGUGAGCUUCUUUUACUUUUUCUAUCUUAAUAUAGUGAUACAAUAUAAACUUGGCUAACUGGAUAUUGGUUAUCUAAAGUUCUGCUGAGGCAGAUCCUCCCCAUGCAUUUAGUUUUGCAUAUAAAAAAUGAAAGAAGACUCUUCUGUGUAUCAUAGCAGGUUUCCCUUCUCUGCAGUCUGCAUGGGAACAAACUAGUACCUUCUGUGGGCUUAUUUAAAGGCUUGCUUACACUAGUCUCUUUUUGAAUAACCUAAUCCCAUUUGAUACAGUAUGUUUACAGGAGUGAUUAAAUUUUUAUCCUUGAUUCAGGUCCAUUCUGUGCUGCUUUUUCUAUACUGUAUUUCAUUUGCCUGCUCAGUUCUUGCAUACUUUGUAAAGUGAGUUGUUUUGAAAUGUUUAAUUAUGUAACUCUAAUGGAACCAUUUCUAAUAUUCAUGGUUAAACAAAAGCAAGAAAACCUAAACAAAGCUUCGUAGUCCCAACCACAAACCAUCCUGUUAAGAGAAUAAUGACGCAGCUUGUAUACAUUUCUAACUUCCAAAUACAUUGUGAUCCAAAGAGUUGCUUCUGGGGAUGACUGACCGCUUCAGUUAUAAAUUGUCCCUCUAAGAGUCAUGCCCUAAAGGAAGGGGGUGCAGAAGUUGUGUUGAACACAACAGUUCAGAUGUUUUUCUGCAAAGGAUUUCGGAAACCACAAAUACUCUAGAAAAAUCAUUUUUUUUAAAGUAACAUUUUUAUUAAGGUUUUUCAAAGAAUUUGUCCAUGUCAAAAGACUAAUGUGUCUUCUUUUACUGCUCACCCCUUGCAGUCCACCUCUCUGUGUUCAUUAGAAAAGUAUAAUGUCUACAUUUGUAAUAGUGCUCCAUGUCAUUCUGUCCCCAUCUUCUCUCCUGUUUUUUCCUUAGGAAAAAGCCCCCAAUACAAUACGUACGUUGUGAGAUGGAAGGAUGUGGCACAGUUCUUGCACAUCCUCGCUAUUUGCAGGUGAGAAUAAUUUAUUACUAUCUGUUUGCAUCUAUUUAUUUUUAGUUAUAAAUAAUUCCAAGGCCUGUGUAAUCAGUGCUGUUUUUGUUAGCCCUCAUAGUACCAUGAGUUGGUAGAAAAUCCUUUAGGAGGAAAGGCAGGAUGUAAACUUAAUAAAGAAAAUAAAUGUUGCAUUAUUGCCCUUUAUAUGCAUGUACUAAAGUGUCACAAAUGCUGGGCUUGACUUUACCAGUGAACCUUUCUUCUGUUACUAUUUUUAAUAUUUGUGAACCUUCUAAGUUUCCCUUGUUUUCAGCAUCACAUCAAAUAUCAGCAUCUGCUGAAAAAAAAAUAUGUAUGUCCUCAUCCGUCUUGUGGGAGACUAUUUCGGCUCCAGAAGCAACUUUUGCGGCAUGCCAAACACCAUACAGGUAAUAUAGGCUAUAAGACAAAAUUGCCACACUUUGCUAAAGAACAUAGGAUGAAAGCAAUAGUGGCCAGCAGGGUAGUGUGGUGUUGUUUACUUGGAUUCCCAAUGUGAAGGUUGUUGCCUCUAAUGGGGGUGGGGAGAGCAGUGCAGUGCAGGCACAGUGACAGAGCCAGUCUGCUCCUCCCAACACUGCCCACUCCAUGUCUCCUCUCAGUUACUGGUGGCAACCUCUGCAUUGGGAAGCUAGGUAAGCAACACGACUCCACCAGGUGCUGCUGGAGGAAAAUGAAUAGUUUUUCUUUUUGGGUGUGUGAAACCUCAAUCCAGGUGUGACGUGCACAACAAAUAGAAAUUGUAGCAAUUUCAGUGUUUAAUAAAAUGCUGAAAUAAAACCUUCAGUACAAAGGUGGAGGAGUUCUCUUUGUGUAUUUGGGCCUUAAAAUGCCCAUUAGAUUUUUGGUCACAGCUUAAACUAGCUUUGAAAAUAAGCACCUGCAGGUUAUGCUAGAUCACCAAGUUUUUAUCACAAGCCAGCAUCAAACCAACCCAAAAAUAUGAACUUGAUGGGGUGGGGGGGGGGAAGGUUAAUCUGUAUACAGUGGUGCCCCGCAAGACGAAUGCCUCGCAAGACGGAAAACCCGCUAGACGAAAGGGUUUUCCGUUUUUCAAUGCGCUUCACAGGAUGAAUUUCCCUAUGGGCUUGCUUCGCAAGACGAAAAUGUCUUGCGAGUCUUGAGAUUUUUUUCGCUCCCCCCCCCCCUUUUUCUAAGCCACUAAGCCUUUAAUAGCCUUUUAGCAGCUAAGCCGCUAAGCCUUUAAUAGCCGCUAAACCGCUAAUAGCGCUAAUCCGCUAAGCCGCUAAUAGGGUUGCUUCGCAAGACGAAAAAACUGCUAGACGAAGAUACUUGCGGAAUGGAUUAAUUUCGUUUUGCGAGGCACCACUGUACCUAAUCCUGGUGGCUUGUUCAUCAGUUUCUUCCAUAUAGUGGAGGUUGGCAUCCUUUUCCAUAUGAAAGGAGCUGCAAUUACUCUUAACAUACUGGGCAAAGGUUAAUAUUAAACUUACUAUUUACUUAUUAUUACACUAAUAGCCCACAUUUUCUCCAACAAUCACACUUCUCCCCCUCUCCAUUUAAUUUUUGGUGCCUGAAACUUGUCAAGUGUCAGUAUUUAGAUCUGAACAAUCCUGAAGAAAUUUUGUCUGGAUACAUAUAUUCUGACAUUCACAAAAAGUAAACUGAAAUGUCCGUAUUCAGAUAAUAAAGUAGACCAUCUGCUACACAUAUACACUCAAAAUGUUGACGAUGACUAGUACAGAAGAAAGCAGUAGGCCCAACCUCCUAAAGUUCUCUUGUUGUAUUCCCCUCACACUGAACCUGAUCUGUAGGGUAGGAGUGGGGAACCACUUUUGAAAAGCAGGCAGACAUAUCUGUAACCUAAUAGCAGAUCAGAAGGAUCUGAACCCACCAGAGAGCAGUGGUGCUUGCAUUCAGCAGUCAGUUUGAACAGUGGCAAAUGGAAGCCCUGCUGCAAAGGAACAAUCAAUAGAACAAUCUAAGCUGCAUGCUUCCUAUUUUCCCUUGGCAGUGGGGCUUGGCUUGUAUUCUGCGUUCUUUAAAUUUGCCAGCUUUUACUAAACAUCAGGUGAAUGAUAGAUGACCAUUGCUGGCCACAAAGAGCUGAGAUGGCCAAAUUGGCUGGCCUUAUGGGUCUGAUUUAGCAUGGUCUGGAGGUUCCCCAACUGAUGUGAGGAAGAAGGCGAAACAAAUGAAAUACUAGUUAUUUAUAAACAAAAAAGAAAUGACCAGCAACUGUUACUCAAAUGCAAAUUAAGUAUUUUACAUUAUAUUUAUCAAGCUGUUUUAUGUCCUUAUAGAGAAAUCUGGCCCUGCCUCCUAUUUCUGGCUACUUCCCUAUGGCUCUUGUUUGUUCUUGCAUUUGUUUUGAUCUAACCCAGACUGUUUCUUCCAAGGGCAGUGUCUGUUAUGGGUGAAGUUUUGAAAGGGCUUUGUGCAACUAUGCACAUUUAUUUGCUUGUAUAUAUUUGUAUGGAAGUUGUGGCCUACAGGCACCUUAAAAUGGGCAAUGUGUAACUUUAAUAGUCUUCAAAGAGAAAUACUAUUUACCUGUGAUUGGCCCAGGGAUUCAACUAAUGCAGCACAGUAGCCAGCACAAAGGUUCCCACUAGUUCAGUGGGGCUUCCCCUCCCAUGCCUCCCUUAAAUACACUGGGUUCAGAAGAGCUCCCAGAACAGCAUGGGGGGGGGAUUGGUCCAUUGGCCAAACAGAAAUGCUUGCACUGAUGGAGCAACUAGAAGAGUGUACCUUGCAAGUCUAGUGUGGAGGUUUUCCAUACCUUCCCUCUUCAUUGGAGUCUUUUUGGAAAAGAAAAAGUAAGGGUGCAUGAAAGUAACGUCUAGGAAUGGCUUGGUAGUGAUAUACAAAUGUAUUUUCAGCUGAGAAAUAUAUCCCUGCUACUGUUAAACAGCCCCCCUCACUCUUACAAGGAAAACAUUUUAAAACAUGAGUAUUAUGAUCGGAGCAUUAAGGCAUUUUCCAGUUGUACAAAUAGGGAUCUGAUUAGGAACAAGACUUGAUUAUAGAAUACUGUGUGCUGCUUUACAGAUCAAAGGGAUUAUAUUUGUGAAUACUGUGCCCGUGCUUUCAAGAGUUCUCACAAUCUGGCAGUUCACCGAAUGAUCCACACAGGCGAGAAGCCGUUACAGUAAGUAAUGUCAUGCUUUAUCCUGCGUCUCUAGUCAUGAGGGAUUAGACCAGCUAUAUCUUUGGGUGCCUUUCUUAGGCUACCCUUCUGUAUUCCACUCUUAUUUCUUUCUUAACUUAUUUUGAAUUCUUCUGCCCAACUUGAUAGGCCAGAGGUGCUCUAAAAUAUUUGUUUAAAGAAUCACAUUCCUGUAGUAUCAGCAGCAGAAAUAACAUCUGUAUUGUGCCAGAAUUCUUCAGGCAGAAUUUCUCUGCCCUCACACUGGUGACACCUUUCAGCUACUUGCCUAACAGGGAACAGGUCUACUAAGGACCUCUGGGGCAAGAAAGGAAGUAAGGCGGAGCAACUCAUUUGGCCAAUGACUGAGGCUAGGUUUCCAUUGUGUUGUAAAUUACAAGACUUUAUUCUUACAGCCAUAUUUCAUAUUUCUUUUCCCACCCCACUUUUUUCUUUAGAUGUGAGAUCUGUGGAUUCACCUGCCGACAGAAGGCCUCAUUGAACUGGCACAUGAAAAAGCAUGAUGCAGAUACAUUUUACCAGUUUUCAUGCAAUAUCUGUGGAAAGAAGUUUGAGAAAAAAGACAGUGUUGUAGCACAUAAGGCUAAGAGUCACCCAGAGGUGCUUAUUGCUGAAGCCCUGGCAGCCAAUGCAGGCGCCCUCAUCACCAGCACUGAGAUCCUGGGUACCAAUCCAGAGUCUGUUGUCCCGCCCACUGAUGGCCAGGGCCUCCCCCUUCUUCCAGAUCCCCUUGGAAACACCACUCCUGGAGAAUGUCUACUGCUGAACCCUGACGGGAUGCCCAAGGCAUAUUGCAGUGGGGGUGAUCGGGUCAAUCUGAUGGCCGACGGGAAGAUCUUUGUUGGCACUGCUAGUGGCGAGAGUACGGAAGGGCUGGUCAUGAACACCGAGAUCCUUGGAGCGACCACUGAAGUUCUAAUUGAAGAUUCUGAUUCUACAGGACCUUAGUAGGGAAAAGGAGCACAUGGGUGUUGGGACAACUUGAACUUGUAUUUAAAAAAAUAAAUAAAUGGGAAAAGCUUAUUCAGUAUAGAGAAACUAAAACAUUUAAAUUACUAGUCAAAUAACUAAAGGGCCUGCUCCCCCUCUGCCCCACCUCUCCUCCCUCCCAGAGUGGAUCACUACACAUUCUUUCGCAGUUCCCUUCUUGGAGAGGAAUGUUGCCUUUACACAGAGACUGACAAAGCAAGGAAUUCUUGUAACGCAGUGAAGGGAAGCAGCCAGAGCCUAUCCCUCUCCCUGCCCUUCCACAGUAAGCAAACUUCCUGCUUCUUGACCCAAUGUUGCAAGAUUGAAGGUGUUUGUAUUCUGGAUCACUAUCUCAUUUUCGAAACCCUACUUUGCACCUCCCAGUCACGUCAUCCUUUUCUAUGCAUUAUUAAAUUCUGACCCUUUGCAGGCUCCUACUUCUCCUAGGGCUUGGGAAUAUAGCUUGGCACUUUAGGACCCUUCAGCAGGAUGAGCUGUAAAACAGCAUAUAUUCCCCCUUUCUCUCAUCCUUCCUUCUGCCUCACUAAGGAGAGAGAAGGGGAUUCUGGCACUCGGGUGCUCGCUUUUUCAUAAGGGGUGCCAUCCUUUUCUACAGUUGCUCUGGCUGCAAAAGCCCUGUGUAGGAGAGGCAACAAGAAUGGGUGCUAGACUGGUAAAAGAAAAUUUGCACUUUGAACGUGUCUUGUUUUUAAGUUGUGAUAACAAAUUCCUUAUUUAUUUUAUUUUUUAAAAAAGGAUCUCUUAGCAGCUGUCUAGGGAGGAUUUUCUUUCAAAACCAAUUCUUCUUAAGGGGUAUAAAAUGGAAGCAGCCUCUUCAGCAAACCAUGUUAAGGAAUUGUCCAUCUCCCUGCUUGAAGGAAGUGCUAGUGUAGCAGAAUAGGUCUUUGUGCCCUUUCUAGUGAACAGGGAGAUUUCAGCAUUUGUUGUUGUUUGGAGGGGGAGGACUUCUUUGUGAAGAAGUAAUACCCACUUCAAAGCUUUGUCCUGUGUCAGCCAUUAAUCUCUUCCCCCAGCUUUCCUAACGCUUUGCUCACUUAGGUUGCAUUAUUAGUUUUGCAUUUCUCUAGUUUUGGUAAGAUAAUGCCAUUAAGAAAAGGCCUGUUUUUGAGGAUGUGUUAUAUAUAGACUGCUGAAUAGAUUGACUGUCCAAAGACGCUUGGACCCAGUCUUUAAAAACCUAUUUAGAUGCAACACUGACAUUGAGUGGUGGCGGCUCCAGACCUCCUUGGCCAUAUAUCCAGCACUUUCACAUAGGUGCAUAUCCUCUUGUUUCUGUCACAGUUGGUGACUGGGGUAUCACUAAGGAGUGCAAUAGUCUAGCAUUUUGUGGAGAGCUUAGAAAAGCAACUGACACCUCCAGAAUUCACUUGGAUAUAAUUUGCAUGAGCUUUUGACUGUUACCCGACAGCUUGUGGUGACAAAGUAUUCCAGCGAACCUACUUUGCUAUUUUACUGGCCUAGUGUAUUCAUAUUAACAGGAACCGAGAAUGAGGAAUUAUCUUAGGCACGAUCCUGAUUUUUUUGGUUUGGUAAUGUUGCCGCCCUCUUUUAAAUCAGUGGUUAUAGAAAUAGGUUUUUCAGUCUAUACUGUAGUUCUACCUCGUGUAGUUCCAAAUUACUCUGGAUAGCACUAGCUAGCAUCAUUCCCAGCCACAGUUUUGAGUAUCUGGAGAGAUGUGUAAAUGGAGCUCCUUUAUUGAGUUGGAAGCUAAGCAUCAACCGGGUAUUUCCAUGGGGCACUAAAAUGAUGCAAACUAUUGCUGUCUGCCAGGGUUUUUAUUUACCAACUUGUGUUCCUUCCGUUUCUGCAGACGGGUUGGAGGUUUGUCAACAACCUGCUAGGCUGCAGUGUGUAGCUGGGGUGCUGCAUGUGGCUUUAGGCUGUGUGUUUUACAGGCUUGACAUGAAGCUAUGUAUCCUGUGAUUAGGGUUGACACCAGAAAGGUAUUUGCAGUUGAGAGCUUCUUCUGUAUACUGCUGAAGGGGCUGUCCUCUUUUCUACAGUAUAAGGAAUUUCACUGCUGUACCAGCAAGAACACAUCAUAGGCUCUUUUUCAGUGUUGUAGGGGCUGUUAACGUUUGCUGUAGGUAGGUAGUCUCCAAAGUACUUGAAGUUCUUUCUCACCUUGAGUUGCCCAUCAGCUUAUUACUUACCUUUCCUAGACAGCUCUGUUGAUCUUUUUCCCCUCUGUUGGUGUGUGUGUAUGUGUGUCUGUGUAUGAUUUUGUCAAAGAAACAUUGUCUUGUGUUUAACCAGGUCAGCUCCUUGCACUCUGGGGUGAAUAACUUCUGGUCUAGAUUUAUGAACUGAAACCAUUUGCCUUGACAUAAACUGUUCCUGCUGCUUCCCCUUAAUGUGUCUCCCACCAUACGCAUGCAGUUUUGCUUCAAUCAAUUAUUAUAAUACUUGCAAUAAACUAUUUAUAUUUUCUUCUUAUAAGCUUUUUCCCAUGGGAAGGAAGCAUGGUGCUGGGAGCUGAAGCUAUAUAAUCUCCUUUCCUCUGUAAUAUGGGGUAGUUUACAGUAACUAAUUUGAUACUGACCCACUCUGGAAGCAGUUUGUAGUUUUGUCCAAUCUGUAGACUCACCUUGUCCGUGUAAGCAUUGGAUCCCCUUCCUGUCAGUGUGAGAGAUGGUGUGCAUCCUGCACCCCACCACCACCAAAAAAAGAGCUAACAUAAGCCUAUUUCCUAAUCUGAUAUGUAUGAAUUCUCUCUUCGGCAUUUAUAUGAACACCAAUAGAAGUGAUGUCAACAGGAAGCUCAGGGGUUUUUCAAUGGUGGGUGAGCUUAGUAUGUUAGAAAUGGUCCAUUUACUUCAAAUAGUUUCUGAACAAUGGCAAUAUGGUGGAGUCUUUGUAGGGUGGGGGAGAACUGCUAAAUCCCUGGAGCAGCUUUCCAGGAUGAUAGUGAAGAACUAGAGGCAAACUGCACUAGCAUUGUAAAUUCCCACCAGAGAGGGAGCAGAAUUUGCGAUACUUAGCAGAGCUACCUGAAGUAGUAGCCACUGGGUGGCAACAGAGCUGUGUUGCAUUGUGGCACACCCCUAUUUUUUAGUGUUAAGGGAAGGGAUGGUUGAAUUGACAAGUCUUUGAUUGCUUAAAAGCCUUGUUGCAUAUAAAAAUUUCCACCAAGUGAUGGAGAUUUGGGGCAGGGUGUCGGGGGAGGGCAGUGAUAAAUCCAUGUUGAUUAAGGGUUAUGUAAACAAAAAUAAAUAAAACAAUAAA